AUGGGCAAGGAAAAGAUCCACAUCAACAUUGUCGUCAUUGGUCAUGUCGACUCCGGCAAGUCCACCACCACUGGUCACUUGAUCUACAAGUGCGGUGGUAUCGAUGAGCGAACUAUUGCCAAGUUCGAGAAGGAAGCCCAGGAGAUGGGUAAGGGUUCCUUCAAGUACGCCUGGGUGUUGGACAAACUGAAGGCUGAGAGAGAACGUGGUAUCACCAUCGAUAUCGCUCUCUGGAAGUUCCAGACUCAGAAGUUCUACGUGACCAUCAUUGACGCCCCAGGUCACAGGGAUUUCAUCAAAAACAUGAUCACUGGCACCUCACAGGCUGAUUGUGCUGUGUUGGUUGUUGCUGCCGGUACUGGUGAGUUUGAGGCUGGUAUCUCUAAGGAAGGCCAGACUCGUGAGCACGCCCUUCUAGCUUACACCCUGGGAGUCAAGCAGAUGAUCAUUGCCGUCAACAAGAUGGACAGCACAUCACCACCAUACAGCGAGAGCCGAUACACUGAAAUUAUGAAAGAAGUCUCCACCUACAUCAAGAAGAUUGGCUACAACCCCGCUUCUGUCCCAUUCGUGCCCAUCUCUGGUUGGGUUGGAGACAACAUGCUGGAGGAAUCUAGCAACAUGCCCUGGUUCAAGUGCUGGGCUAUUGAGAGGAAAGAAGGUAACGCCUCUGGCAAGACUUUGAUUGAAGCUCUAGAUGCUAUCCUGCCCCCUAGCCGCCCAACAGACAAGCCCCUGCGUCUGCCCCUGCAGGAUGUCUACAAGAUCGGUGGUAUCGGAACUGUGCCCGUCGGCCGAGUGGAGACUGGAGUCCUGAAGCCAGGCAUGCUGGUGACCUUUGCUCCUGCCAACGUCACCACUGAGGUUAAAUCAGUUGAGAUGCAUCAUGAGGCUCUCCCUGAAGCUGGCCCAGGGGACAACGUAGGAUUCAACGUCAAGAACGUUUCUGUCAAGGACAUCCGUCGAGGCAACGUGGCUGGUGACAGCAAGAACGAUCCACCCAAGGCCACCAAGUCUUUCUAUGCUCAGGUUAUCAUCCUGAACCAUCCUGGUGAGAUCAAGAAUGGCUACGCGCCAGUGCUGGAUUGUCACACUGCUCACAUUGCCUGCAAGUUUGCUGAGAUCAAGGAGAAAUGUGAUCGCCGUUCUGGCAAGAAGCUAGAAGACAACCCCAAGUUUGUCAAGUCUGGUGAUGCCGCCAUGGUUGAACUGGUUCCUAGCAAGCCCAUGUGCGUGGAGGCUUUCCAGGAGUACCCCCCUCUGGGACGUUUUGCUGUGCGUGACAUGAAACAGACAGUGGCUGUCGGUGUUAUCAAAUCUGUCACCAAGGAGGAUAUCAGCGCAGGAAAAGUCACAAAAGCUGCCAUCAAGAAGAAGUGA